AUGUCGGUCGCAGGCUUACGCCAGUGCUUAUUGCUCUGGAGCGUCGACUAUUGGAACUUGGAAGUGAUGGCUGACAAUGUGUUUAAGUCUCACGACAUCGGGCUGCGAGCCCAAAAGAAAAUCCUAUCACGCAUGGCAACCAAAAACAUUGCAAAGACCUUUAUAGAUGGCUCAACAGCAUCGCUGCUGGAUAACCUAUACAGAUUGUGUAAAAUGCAUACCGGAAACAAAGCGCGUGCAGAGAAGAUCAUCAAGAAUAUUAUAAAAAUAGUAAUCAAAAUCGGUGUUCUGCAUCGCAAUAAUCAAUUUAGUCCGGCAGAGCUUCAAAAUGCCGAAAACUUUAAGCGCAAGUUUCAGCAUACACAGCUAUCCAUCAUAUCAUUCUACGAGGUGGACUUCACUUUUGAUUUGCCAUAUCUGCAAAAAUCAAUAGCCGAAUCCCAAAUUGCGCUCAAGUCCAUAGUGCAGCCACAUCUGACAGAUAAAUCUCUGAACCGUAUUGAUGAAGUAUUCGACUUCUUCGGCGAUGCCUCGUUUUUGGAGACAGCUUUCAAACCAGAUUCGCCAUAUCGUGAGGUAAUGGGAAAAAUUGUGGCUGAUAUAAAUACAGCGAUGGAAACAGGCGACAUGUAAGCAUAUGGGUCAGCAGUUACGCAAAUCACGAAACGAAACUAUGAAAGACAGGCUAUACUACAAACCAAAUACAACAACAUGAGAUACUAACUAGUUAAGAGCAAAUGCUUUUUGCUUAUUAGCCCACCAACACCAAAAACAAGUCAGGCACGCUAUAUCGCGUUGCAAGAGAUUAAAAGAGCGCAUAUGGAAGACACAAAGUAAUUUCAAUUUCUAUGGUGAUAUUGCGAUAAGAAAUUAACACUACCAACUAAAGUUUAAAAAUCCAAAAACGUCCUGUUAACUGUACAUACAUAUAUAGUACAUGUACUUUAUUAAUUGUGUAACGAUAUUAUAAUUUUUUUCAAAAAUUUAUAAAAUGUUUAGAUCUAAGAAAAGAAAAUUUUGUCUAUGAAUUAACAACAAACCUAAAUGCUUUUCCGUAUAUACGUACGUUGUAGCAUGUUUUUGCAUAUGUGUAAUUGCAAAUGUGUGUUUGUGCAUUUUUUAUGCAAAACGUCUGCACAAAACAGAUUUUUGUAUUACUGUUUUGAUACUCGGAAACUAACUUUGUGACUAAAUUGAAACCUAUUUAUAUAAAUAGCAAGGGAGUUUGUUUGUACAAAUAAAUUGACCUAUUUCAAUACUAACUACAUACCAACUAAAAUCCUGAACGUCUAAAUCAGGCAGUUUUAUAUGUACUUAAUUUCCUCUCUACUGAUCUCCAAAAGCUUUCCUACAUCCCGAAAUACCUAAAACAAAAAACAAGUUAACCACAACACGCACUCAAUUGUUAAAAUGUUAAUCAAUAUGUUCAAAGUUAACACCUUUCUGUAUAGUACCUUUAAGAGAUCAUUUACUAUGCUGAUAGGGGUCAGUCCCAAAACCGCCCUACAUUCCAAGCCUCAUAGCCCAGAGGCCUGACAUUAAGCAUUAUUUAUGAUAUUUUACAUUAUUUAAACACUGAUAUUCAAGAGACCAAAACAUAUCAAAAUUUAUAGAUAAAGGCUCGGACACUAUAUCACGGAUGGGACAAUAAAUUGUUCAAUUAUCAAUGUCAAUGACAGUUGUCUUUUAGUUAUAAAGUAUUUAUUUUUAAAUUUUUGAACACCACUUUAUGUUGAAUAUUUAUCAAAUAAAGACAACGAUUAGCCAACUCAA